GCGGGGGUGAGGACGCCCGCCGUCAGCAUACACGCUGUCCUACUCAACCAUUAACCUGUCAUUUCAAGACAUAUCAGGCUUUAUUUUUUUGGAGCGCAAAAUCGAGGUGAAUAUCCAGGACGCUCUUUACUCGCCGAAUUGAGGACGAAUUUUAAUUUCUUAAAGAAGCGUGUCCGAGACGGGAAGACAUGGCCACGACUACAUGUACGCGCUUCACGGACGAAUAUCAGCUGUACGAGGAGCUGGGCAAGGGAGCGUUUUCAGUGGUGCGACGAUGUGUGAAGUUGAGCACGGGCCAAGAAUACGCUGCCAAAAUCAUCAACACCAAAAAACUCUCCGCGAGAGACCAUCAGAAGCUCGAACGAGAAGCUCGAAUCUGUCGUCUGCUGAAACACCACAAUAUCGGUGAGCUAUUUACCUCCACCAAUUCUAAUCAAUUCACAAUCUUACUGUUUGAUUUGGUGACUGGAGGUGAACUGUUUGAAGACAUUGUAGCCAGAGAGUACUACAGCGAAGCAGAUGCCAGUCACUGCAUCCAGCAGAUCCUGGAGGCGGUGCUUCACUGCCAUCAAAUGGGCGUGGUGCACCGAGACCUGAAGCCAGAGAAUCUGCUCUUGGCCAGUAAGUGCAAGAACGCCGCUGUGAAACUGGCCGACUUUGGACUGGCCAUUGAGGUGCAGGGAGACCAGCAGGCAUGGUUUGGAUUUGCAGGGACACCAGGUUACCUGUCCCCCGAGGUGCUGAGGAAGGAAGCAUAUGGCAAACCCGUGGACAUCUGGGCUUGCGGUGUGAUUCUGUACAUUCUGCUGGUUGGAUAUCCACCUUUCUGGGAUGAGGAUCAGCAUAAACUUUACCAACAGAUCAAAGCAGGAGCUUAUGAUUUUCCAUCUCCAGAAUGGGACACAGUUACUCCUGAAGCCAAAAAUCUCAUCAAUCAAAUGCUAACCAUAAACCCUGCCAAGAGAAUCACUGCACAGGAAGCUCUCAAACACCCAUGGGUCUGCCAACGCUCUACUGUGGCUUCCAUGAUGCACAGACAAGAGACUGUGGAAUGCCUGAAGAAGUUCAACGCCAGGAGGAAACUCAAGGGGGCCAUCCUCACCACCAUGCUUGUGUCACGGAACUUCUCUGUGGGUAGCAGGCAGACCACGGCUCCCGCCUCGGUCACUGCGGCUGCGGCUGCUGUAGCCGCGGCUGCAGGCACCACAGCAGGGCUGGUGGAACAAGCCAAGAGCUUGUUGAACAAAAAAGCAGACGUUAAGCCCCAGACAAACAGCACCAAAAACAGCAUAGUCACCAGUCCCAAGGGAAACCUCCCCUCUCCUGCACUGGAGUCAUCGGAUAGCAGUAAUGCCACAGUGGAGGACGAGGAAAUGAAAGCACGCAAACAGGAGAUCAUCAAAAUCACUGAGCAGCUUAUUGAGGCCAUCAACAAUGGCGACUUUGAAGCCUAUGUUAAAAUCUGCGACCAUGGACUCACCUGCUUUGAACCUGAGGCCUUGGGAAACCUGGUGGAGGGGAUGGACUUCCACAGAUUUUACUUUGAGAACUUGCUGUCUAAGAACAGUAAGCCCAUCCACACCACCAUCCUCAACCCUCACGUGCACCUGAUUGGAGAGGAGGCCGCCUGCAUCGCCUACAUCCGCCUCACGCAAUAUGUGGAUGGGCAGGGCCGGCCGCGCAGCAGCCAAUCGGAAGAGACGAGGGUGUGGCAUCGUCGCGACUCCAAAUGGCAGAAUGUCCAUUUCCACUGUUCGGGAGCUCCAGCCGCCCCUCUACAGUGAAGGUUGAGCUCAUUGUAGCCACAUCUAACAAGAGUGCCCAGCCAGAAAUGGAGAGUGCAAGAGUGAAAGAGAGAGAGUGAGGGAGGGGGGGGAAGUUGGAGAGAGGGAGGAAGGAAAGCGAGCCCAGUGAUGGGUGGCUGUGAGUCUGCAGCGCCUGACCCUCCCACACUGGGCCCGGCCCCCUCGCCUGUCAAUCACCUCACCUGCCAAUCACUUUUGUGCAUUGUCUUUUGCUUACCUUCAACUUUACCCACUCCCUCCCUCGCUCCCAGACACGUCCCUGUAUCUUUACACCCGUGCAGAGACUCCCUUUGUUGUGCACAUGUGCUGUGUGGAAUUGGACAGUCUUUGAUUAGCACGGAUAAUAAGGCCUCAGCGAGUCGUCUGUGAAAUGCCAUGCUUUCCGUCGCACCUUCCCAGUGUGAAUAAUGUUACACUGAGUCGCCGUCCUCACUUACAGUGUGUAGAUUUUCAAUAUUAUUGUUGUUAUUAUUAUUAUGAUUAAUAUUGUUCUUACUGUUGUUAUUAGUAUUAAAUACAAAGGCAAUUGUACGUGUCACUUACACAAUUCACGUUCUGGAUGCUAAUGAUUUUUAAUUUAUGCCUUUUCUUUUCCGAACAUUUUUGGCGAGCAUGAAUUAUUCUGUAUAUCCAAAGCGGCCUCGGUGAUAUAGAGAAAUAAUGGCCACCGUUUAUGUACAGGCUUCUCAAUGUGAUUCAUAUCCAACCGACGCAUCUGUCCAUGUGUUUAAAUGUUAGUGGACAUUUGUUGGUAUGUGUGACUGUUUUGAGGCAGAUUCUACCAGAGUCUGAGUAAGAACGACGUGACGGUCGGGGUCUUCCAGCUUUAAUCGUUAUUUCUAGCAUCAUUAGUGCAGAUUUGGGAAAACUCAGCAGAUUUGCAAGGUUAGUAUUAGACGGGUGUGCCUCACACAUCCUGAAAAGUGAAGCUGUGGGCUCUUUGAUCGCCCCCUG